UCUCCCAAAAGGCCAACCAACCCAUUUCACAAUAUCCCCAUUGAACUCUCUCUCUCUCUCUCUCUGUUUCUCUGUUUCUCACUGCCUCUCCAAAAAGGCUUUUGCCUUUUUGGGUCGCCGCUUUUUUCCCCCAUCUCUAGCGAACCAGCAACAAAAACAUGAAGCAAAAGGUGGUCAUCAAAGUGUCUCUAAACGACCAGAAAUCCAGAACCAAAGCAAUGAAAAUUGCCGUUGGUGUUGAUGGGGUAACACAAGCAGCUCUUCAGCAGGAUAAGAAUCAAAUAGAGGUAACAGGGGAUGGUAUGGAUGUGGUAUUGCUCACUACUUUGCUGAGGAAAUGCCUGAAAUAUGCAGAGGUUGUGAGUGUUAGCCCUGUGGAAGAGAAAAAGGAAGAGAAGAAGGAAGAGAAGAAGGACGAUAAGAAAGAAGAUCCACCCAAGCCAGUUUGGCCACCAUGGACUGGUGUUGUGCCUGUUAUAUGUGAAUAUCCUUCUUACCCCUGCCACCCCUACCAAGAACCAUCUUGCUCCAUUAUGUAAAUUCUAAUAUAGAAAAAUAUAGAAGAUAGAGGGAAAAAAAAAGAAAAAGAAUCACUACUCUUUGACAAACAAACAAAUUCUAUUAUACCAAACACAUGCAUGUAGAUGGAGACUACAUGAAACUCCUCUCUUGGGAGAUCCCUGCAACUUGGUAUUUCCAUUGAUGGUCAGUUGAGCGAGUUUUUCAUGAUUUUCAAUUUGUUUUUUCUGCACACCUUUGGCCUUUUCUUGGUGUUUGCUAUAGUACUUUGAUUUUGCUGUGGUGCUGCUGUUUCAUUUUAAUAUUAUUUUGUAUAUGUAUUGGUUGUUGGGAAGUUUCAUACAAACCAUUAAAGAUGAUGAUUCUUCUCUUUUCA